AUGAAGGCAACAACUAUCAUCUCCGCCAUCCUCGUCCUGGCAGCCUGCCUUUUGAGGGGCGGCGAGGCGGUGACCUGCACCGCCGACGCCACCGUCGCAGGAUGCAUCAACUGCACCACCAGUCCAACCGAUUCCGAGUGCGUGGCCGAGGCAGCCGCCGCCGCCGCCGCUGCCGACACCACCACAACCACAACUGCAGCCACGCCAACCACUACAACCUCGGCGACAGCGACGACCACAGUGGCCUCCAGCUCAAACUCCUCCUCUGGACGGCGGAAGAUCGUGCGCAUAACCAAUCUGGGCUAUACCAACGUUCGGCGCAUCCGCGUCAACCGGAACCGCUCACGGAGCACCACUGGCCGGAAUCAAAGGCGCAAGAACAAUUCCAGGCGUGUCAACGCGAGGAGGGCCAACGGAAACGUAGUUGUUGUUGGUUAA